GUCCAUCACCCUCGUUUCUCUGCUACUCUCUGAAUAGUUCACUCUCUCUCUCUCUCUCUCUCUCUCUAUCUGCAACCGAGCUGAAUCGAAAAUGGCGCUGACAUUGCAAUCUCCGCCCUCUUCCACUCUCUCUUCUUCUUCCUCCUCAUCCUCUCUCCAAGACGGGAAGCUGAAGCUGUUAGCUCGAUCCGCCUCCUCGAAGCUCGAGCUCCGCUGCCGCCGGCCCCUUCCCCGCAUCCGAGCUGCCUCCAACUCCUCAUCCUCCUCUCUCGACACCGGUUUAAGCACUGAACUGGAUGCUGUCUCCAGCUUCAGUGAGAUCGUCCCUGAUACCGUCAUCUUCGAUGACUUCGAGAAGUUCCCUCCAACUGCGGCGACAGUUAGCUCGUCGCUCCUCUUGGGCAUCUGUGGCCUUCCGGAUACCAUAUUCAGGAAUGCUGUGGAUAUGGCACUGGCAGAUUCCGGUUGCGCUGCUUUGGACAACCGUGAAAUGAGAUUAUCCUGUUUCGUUAACAAGGCAUUGGUCAAUGUUGGAGGUGAUUUGGCAAAAAUGGUCCCUGGUCGGGUAUCUACUGAAGUGGAUGCUCGCCUUGCCUAUGAUACUCAUGGCAUUAUUAGGAAGGUGCAUGAAUUGUUAAAACUGUUCAAUGAAGUUAAUGUCCCUCCUGAGAAAUUGUUGUUUAAAAUUCCUUCAACCUGGCAAGGUAUAGAGGCCUCGAGGUUACUGGAAUCAGAAGGCAUACAGACACACUUAACUUUUGUUUAUAGCUUUGCUCAAGCUGCAGCAGCAGCUCAAGCUGGUACUUCUGUUAUUCAGAUUUUUGUGGGCCGCCUUCGGGACUGGGCCCGGAAUCAUUCUGGAGACCCUGAGGUAGAUGCUGCUAUUAGGAGGGGCGAAGAUCCUGGAUUGGCUUUGGCCACAAAGGCUUAUAACUACAUUCAUAAGUAUGGACAUAAAUCUAAAUUGAUGGCAGCAGCAGUUCGAAACAAGCAGGAUCUAUUCAGUCUUUUGGGGGUGGAUUAUAUCAUUGCCCCAUUGAAAGUGUUGCAGUCUCUUAAGGAAUCUGUUACAGCUCCUGAUGAGAAGUAUUCUUUCGUUAGGAGGCUAUCACCACAGACCGCUGCCACCUAUCAGUUCAGCGAACAAGAUCUCAUCAAGUGGGAUCAGCUGAGCCUUGCAUCAGCAAUGGGGCCGGCUUCUGUGGAGCUACUUGCUGCCGGGAUCGAUGGUUAUGUGGAUCAAGCGAAGCGAGUCGAGGAGUUGUUUGGCAAGAUCUGGCCACCUCCAAAUGUCUAAGCUUGCUCCUGUUUUCUCUAAUUAUUUAGCGGCUCCGAUUAAUGGUAUAAGAGAACACUUUCUGGCUUAAAAUGUUUUACCUCGGUUCGCUCUCACCAAGUAGUGUGACCGAACCAGUAGUUGCAAAAAACCUGCUUCUCUCAUAAUCCCCUGUGCCUGUUGGUAAAUAAAUAUUGGAAGCUGCUUUUCCCAGUUUUUUUAUAGAACAGAAACUUCCAUUGAGGCC